GUAUGCGGGAGUGUUCGGAUGUGCCACGUGUAUAUAAAUCAAAAUGGAGUGCUUGAUUGGAAUGAAGUUUGAUGGUUUUUCUUUAAUAGCUCACGACAAUUCAGCUGGUAGGAGCGUCCUGGUCAUGAAACAGAACCAAGACAAGAUAUUUCACCUGGGAGACCAUCUAGCAAUGGUUGUAUGUGGUGAUACUGGAGAUACUGUGUACUUUGGUGAAUUUAUACAAAAGAAUCUUGCAUACUACAGAAUUAAGAAUGGAUACUCUUUAUCGCCAAGUGCUGCUGUUAACUACACUCGUCACGAGAUGGCAAAGCGGCUCCGUCAAGCCCCUAACCUAGUGAACCUUAUAAUGACAGGCUAUGACGAGUCAACCAAACAAACCUCACUCUACUUCAUGGACUAUCUCGGUACACUAGCCGAUGUACCGUUUGCAGCCCACGGCUAUGGUUCUUACUUUGCCCUCAGCACUCUUGAUCGCUAUCAUCGCUCUAACAUGAGCAAAGAGGAGGCAGAGGGGCUCCUCCUCAAGUGUAUAUUGGAGGUUCAAAAGCGUCUGGUCAUCAACCUCCCAUCUUUUAGUUUUUAUUUUGUUGACGAGAAUGGAGUCUCCAGUAAAAGGACUGUCAAGACAGAGCCGGCUAAAGUCGUUGGAGAGAGCACGGGAGAGCAGCAAUCAGAGGAAAUGGAUGUGUUUGUCUGACAUUAAACAAUGAUUAGUGUCCAUUUACUGUAUGUACACAACUACACGUCCAUAUAGUUAAUAUUAUUAUGAUUCACCUGGGUAUGUUAAUUGUCACUUUUAGUUUACAUGUAUUUGGAACUUUUAGUUUAAAUUAUUCACAGUGCUUUAAGCUAAGUAAA